CUUGGCGCCGUGGCGAGAAUCGGCGGCCGUACUACAUCCUCUCUCCACAACAACGACUCAUCAUGCCCACAUGUGUCUUGGAAGACAAAAUCACAUGCUGCUAUGGCCUGUACAAGAACAACACGCACUGUUCCGUCGGCAACACCGUGGCCUCCCUUAGCCGGGCCAAGAAUGAUGCGCUGCGCAUUGGGCUCCUCGUGUUUGGUGUCGCCGCGUUUAUCGCGUGCCUCUGCAAACUGUACUCCAUCCGACGAAAUGGCGGCUCGACCAUCCAACGUCGUGCGUACAUGUUGAUGGCCGUCGCGUCCUUCACAUUCGUCGCUCGAGCCCCCGAUCCGCGCUCCCACGAACGCAUCUACCACCCGAUCGUGAGCGGCCUCUUCGUCGACAUUUGCUCGGCGGCCAUCUAUGGUGUCAUCAUCCUGUACGCCGCCUUCUACGCUCGCCUCGUCGCGCCACCGGCUCGCACAGCAGAGUCCGAGCACUACAUCCGCGGCUUCUCCAUACUAGCAUUCUUCUUGACGGGGUUCAUCUUCCUCAUCGUGCGGCCCGCCUACCUCGCCCGCCGCGACCGCAACAUUUUUGAUUCAUGGCAUGUUCUCGUCCAGUUCUCCAUGGCACCCGUCGUGCUUUUCAUCACGUCCUCCACGGCGCUGCACUUUGGACUCCAAGCGUACCGCCGGUUGUCGGCGAUUCGCAAAACCGACCAGCGCGCAGACGACAUCGACGCCAUCCGCCAGCUCACUCGAAGACAAUUGCACGAUCUUCGCGGGUCAACUACACCUGCUGCCACCACCGCACCCCCAGCCAAGCGCUUGUCGUCGGCGACGUCCGUCCCUGCGCCUCCUCCAAGUUCCCAGCAUGGCAGCCAGGCAGUUCCAUCCCCCACGACGCAUGGAGAGACAUGUCCACAACCUUCCAUGAUGCAGACCUCUUCCCAUGAAGAUGCACAAGCCGCCGUGGGGCCUGUGAUGAUGGCGCACUUGCCGCCGAUAGAGACAUCGAGCCAGGACAACCAACGUGUGUUAAAAGUGCUGGUGCUCAUGGAACUGUGUGCCGUGGUCAACAUCGCCUUGCAGAUCGUUCUCGUGGUCAAGUACAUCCAAGACGGAUGUCAACUAAAGCAGGAUCUAUUGCUCGCCACUACUGGAAUUGAUGGGGGGCACGACUACUCGUUUGACUGGCCCACGUUUUCCGUGCUGCAGGGCAUCGCAGUGUGCGUCGUGUAUUGGUCCUUUCGAAAGACACGAAGAGGUGGAGACGUUCAACGUGCUUUGGGUACACAUGAUGAUGCUCCAGUGGAAACGGAAUCAUCCUUGGAUGUGCGGCCCCGCUGGGUGGACAUUUGAAGGAAGAACAUAUUAACGUCCGACAAGUACUUGGGGAGUGUGGCCACUACAGCAGACACGUAGUUUUGGGUCGAGAAGAGAGAGAGAGAGUAUUAAUAGUAGUUAGUCGGCCAGAUUUGGACCAUGAGAUGUAGUUGUAUACUACCAUGGUAAACGAACGACCUCAACACUACGUGAUGGGUUAACAGUAUAUGAAAAGUUUAGUG